AAUUAGCACUUAAGUAACAUUAAAUUUGGAUGCACUAAAGAUCUCGGGAGGGUGUCCGCUUAUAAAAAUGAAAACAAUUUCGAUAGAAAUCAUUAGAGUGCUAUCAUCGAAAAGAGUUACUUCACUACUACCACCAUGCUGCUUUACUUGGUUUCAGGCCUUCUUCUAGUGUCUUCGGCUCAAUCUAGACCUCAAGAGGCGGCUGCCCCAUCUUCUCCCCUUGCCCAAACUGGAACUGCAUCCACCCCAAUCCCAAUUAUUAAUCAAUCAGCAGAAACCAAAGAGGACGGAGGGUUUAGUUACAGUUAUGAAACUGGUAAUGGCAUUAAAGUGGAAGAAAAUGGCAGCAUCAAACCUGCCGCACCAGGGUUCCAAGGAAGAAGUGCCGCUGGUGAGGAAAGCACCAAUAACACCGUUGUGGUCUUACAAGGGAGUUUCAGUUAUACAGCCCCCGACGGGCAAGUGAUCACUGUAAGGUAUAUUGCUGAUGAAAAUGGUUUUCAACCGGAAGGAGAUCAUUUGCCCACACCACCACCUGCCCUCGAGGAAGCUCUGAAGAAGAAUUUGGAUAGCCAGUUGGGGCAGCAACAGUCUCAAGAACCUCAACCAACCUCUCAACAGCCACAGUAAAUUUUCGUGUAAAGUGUAAAUAUUUGUUAGGUUAGUAGAAAUGUGUUUAGGCAAGCAAAUCCAAUAAAGGACACCAUACCGAGAGAACUAAA